AUGUCCCGAGAAUCCCCUACGCUCAGCACAGACGGCGAUGUCUCUGCACGCUUGGCCAGCCCGAGCGAGACACAAGUGAUCAGCGACUACAUCGAACGAGCCCAGAGAAAGUCAGAUGCCCAGCAACAGAGCCGGCUUGGAUCCCUUCGAUCUCGCCUCGUUGCAGACGACGAGGCCCUGCAGAGACAGAUCGCUGCUCUCAAGAUCGACAUACUUCAUCCAGAUGAAACGCUGCCUGAUCAGUCAGAUGGAACGCUCCAACGUGCCAGAUCGACAGUUACGAUGAUCGAUGGCGUACUCGAGAUGCUCGAGGCUUCCCUCGUUGCCAUCGAUGAUCCGCCCUUCAAGCGUGUCUACACCAGCGCUCUCGCCAACAGUAUGAUCCAGGACUCGCAGCUGGCGCGUGCUGAGCCAUCGCAGUUCGAGAAACUGACAGAGAGCGCCAUAAAGCCCACAAGAAGCUCACACGCGCGCUCGAUGGUCUCACACAGGACCAUGCAGCAGAUCACCAUACCACCAUCGACGCUCGACCACUUCAGAAGAAGCUCAAGUCAUUCAUCAAGAACAUCUAAUGGCAACGUAGCGUAUAUGAACAAGCAGGCGAGCAAGCCACCCACCUUUGCUAACGUGUACUGGCGGCGCGAGGUCGGCACGGCGAGACCAUGCUUCAUCUGCAAUCGCGAGACGACCAUCUGCUUGGCGACGAGUGACCUAGCAGACUUUGUAUACACAUGCCAGUCACAUCUGUCGGAUCGCAACUUUGCUUCGGCUGUUGCUCCUGUCACACCACCCGCCUCGCCUGCAAUACCGAGUCCAACGCCGCCAAGCAAGCCCACCGAGGCAGACAUUGCCAAAGCGACGGCAGACUACCUCGCAAAGCACCCGGAAGCGGCCAAAGACGCCAAAAAGUCUGUGCCCCCUGUCAAACCUAUCGCUCUGCCGGCCACGGUCACCGAGCCAGCAGCACCGCCGGCCGAGCCGCCGAGGAAAUUCACUCUCAAUCGACACUACUAUCAGAUCAGACUCGACCAUCACAAGCGGAUAUGGCAGACCAAGCAAGCCAGGGAGAUGGCAAAGACGCUGCCCUCUGCGCCGAGUAGUCGGCCAGGCGCGUCCACACUCGGCUGA